GUAAUCCGCUUGGGAGCAAACACACAAUCGACUAAUCAAGGUCGUGGUCCACCACCAAAGCUUUGGUCUGCAGAGCAAUUAGAUCCGGAAAUCAUGCGAGGUCCUCAAAUAGCUUCGAGCAAUGAAUCGCGUGGUAGUCUGGGUGUCUGUAAAACUCCUUUGGCAGCGGUGGGACCGCCACCACCUUUACAGUUGACUAUCACUCGUGAUCGUUUGAGUUAUCGCGGACGAACUACUUCGGAAGUUAGUGACUCCAAUCUGUCCAGCAGCAGUGGGACUGAAAGUCUGCUGAGCAGCGGUGAAGAUGAUGAGUCCCUAAGUAUACCAUCUAAACAUUGUACACUUCCUCCUCCACCGUCACUGGAGCGCCUUCCUGAUCGUGGUGGUUUACAUGCGUCGGGUUCGGCCACUUUGAGCUCUAUAUCAGACGUCACGAGUCACGUUUUGUCAUCCAGACCCAGUCAGGCAUCGACCAGUGCCGGUGACAUUAACUCUUCCGCAGCGCACAGUCAACUACCUCCUUUGCUUCCACUGUUCUCUUCUAUACCAGCAGACAGUGCAACUCAUGUUGCUGACAGUCCACCUCGUCUGCCCACUUUAGAUGGCUUCCAAAGUGGUUUGAGUUCUGGACCACCAAGCUCUCGAACCUAUUUUGAUCGAUUAUGUUUUUUAGCAGCAAAUUCCUGGAAUCACGUGAUUAAAUCGCACGUUGGGGAAACAUUGUAG